AUGGUACCUUUACCAAGUAUUUUGUCGCAGAUCAGUUCAGAUGAUAAGUUAGAGAGAGGGGCAGUGAAGAGGUUGAGAAUCCGGCGAAGAAGGCUAAGAAGUCCUGGUCUGAUAGAACGUGAAAGCUACCAUCCAGGAAGGGAAAGCAAGCUGAGUUCUUUUCGCAAGAAAUGCGAAAAAACAACCCAAUUGGUGCUUGGUUUGCAGCACUUCUCCUAUUGGUCCAAGAUUGGCAGAGGUGUGCGGAUACAUAUGUACGAAAUUACUCUUCACUAUGAUACAUUUGAUGGAUUCAUUGUACUUCAUGGAACAGAUACAUUGGCGUAUACAUCUUCAGCGCUAUCAUUUAUGUUCGACAGCUUGAAAAAACCUGUUGUUAUAACUGGAGCACAAAUUCCAAUAUUUGAAAGGCGUGCUGAUGCGAAGGAGAACUUCCUAACCUCUCUCAUAAUUGCGGCAUAUUAUGAUAUACCAGAAGUAUGUGUCUUUUUUGCAAAUAAAUUGUUCAGAGGAAAUCGUAUUGUGAAAGUGAGCUCAAAUGAGUUGGAUGCUUUCAGUUCUCCAAAUUAUCAUACAUUAGCCGAUAUAGGAGUUGAUGUUAAAGUGAAUCAUCAUUACAUCCGAAAAACCGAUGAUAGUAUUCCUUUCAAGUUAUUUGAUGACCUUAAUCAAAACGUAGCAAUGUUAACACUUUUUCCUACAAUAACUUGUGAAAUGCUGAAUUCGUUUUUGGAAUGUUCUCUCAAGGGAAUAGUGAUUCAAAGUUAUGGAAGUGGAAAUAUUCCGUCCAAAAGGAAUGAUUUACUCUCAGUUUUUAAAAAAGCUGUAGAAAAAGAAAUGCUGAUAGUCAACAUUACACAAUGUUCACGAGGAUCUGUUCAUGCUUCAUAUGAACCAGGAAAAGUUUUUAAAGAUAUUGGUAUAAUUUGUGGAAGAGAUAUGACUGCUGAGGCUGCCCUGACUAAACUGGCGUAUGUCUUAGCAUUGCCAGGGCUAAGCUUUCAACAACGUGUUCAGAUGAUGAAAACGGACCUUAGGGGUGAAAUGUCUGUGAACGUUGAAGAUUUCUGAUCUUUUUUCGACCAGAUUUGUAGUUGUAUAGAAUCCUUGCUACGCAUAAGUCUCUUCCAUUGGUAUUUGCUUUUCUCAACACGUGAUUCGAAAAAGGGAGUAGAAACCCACUAGCCUCAACGUCAAAAAAGGUGGAAUUGUAUACAAUUGAUUUCGCACAUAAUCAUUCAAUAAAAUAUCAAUAGUAAUCGGAAA